CAACAACAAACCACGUUCCAACGCAUCUCGCCAUUAAAAGGUUAUCAACGGAAAGAAAGAAAGAAAGAGAGAAGAAGAAGACAAGAGAUCACAAUUCACACAAGUACGUCGAAUUGUCAGAUUCACACCAGUAAUUCUAUUCGUAUAUGUCACACACAGAUUCAGUUAAAUCUCGAAUGAUUUAGCAAACAUGGCCGCCAAUGCCCGUAGUGAUAACAAUGUCAAACAUUCGCUUCAACCUCAGAUCGGACCCGAUGGUAUCGCAAGAGAAGCCCCUGUAAUCGCCUACACCGAGAAGAUAAUUUUGGAAGAGCAACUUCAAUUGAAGAAAUAUAUUGAAGAAAAUUAUUCAAAAAUUCGAGAUCUCGAAAAAGAGCUGGGAAAUCUUACAAUGGAGAUGAAACUUACAGCUGGGCCGAAGAAAGCUGGUUGGUCAUUGUCUUGA